AUGCCCAUCUCCAACAGACAGGUCAUCUACGCCAACACGCCGUCGCCGGCCAUCAACCCCUCUCUGAAAGAUGGGACCUUCAAGCUCAACACAACGUCCAUCCCAGACCAGAUCCCCCAUGAUAAAGUCCUCGUGCGCGUGCAUUACCUCUCUCUCGACCCGGCGAUGCGCCAGUGGCUCACUGCCAAGCGGUCCUACAUCGCCCCCGUGGAGCGCGGCAGCGUGAUGCGCGGUCAGAGCAUCGCCCAGGUGAUCCGCGUCGGCCGCCAGCUGCAGUCGCAAUACAAGGUCGGCGACUGGGUGGUCGCGUACUCCGGCUGGCAGGAGUAUUGCCUGCUGGGACCCAAGGAGGCCCAGAAGGUGGUUGUGCCGCCGGGCUGUCUGCCCACCGACGCCAUGUCGGUGCUCGGCAUGACGGGGCUGACGGCGUACUUUGGCAUGACCGAGGUCGGACAGCCCAAGGCCGGCGAGACGGUGGUGGUUUCCGGUGCUGCGGGAGCGACGGGUAUGGUGGCCGGCCAGAUUGCGAAGAUCAAGGGCGCCAAGCGGGUGAUUGGGUUGGCGGGGAGUGCGGAUAAGUGUGCGUUCCUGGUGAAGGAGCUCGGCUUCGAUGUGGCCAUCAACUACAAGGAUGCGGACUGGAAGAACCAGCUCAAGGAGGCGACGCCGGAGUAUAUUGAUGUGUACUUUGACAACGUCGGCGGCGAGAUUCUGGAUGCGUGUCUUGCUCGCGCGCAGAAGGACGCGCGAUUUGCCAUCUGCGGGGCGAUCAGCCAGUACAACUCGGCCAAGCCGCAGGGGCCGGCCAGCUUCAUGAAUGUCAUUUCGCAACGAGUGACAAUGAAGGGAUUUAUUGUGUUUGACUACGCGAAGAAAUACGAGAUUGCGCUGAAGGACCUCUCGACAUGGCUGAGCCAAGGGAAGAUCAAGCGCAAGGAGCAUAUCAUCCACGGAGGACUGGAGGCUGCACCACAGGGGCUGGUUGAUCUAUACAAGGGCGCGAAUACGGGCAAGAUGAUGGUGGAAGUGGCGCCUGUGAGCGAGGCCAUUGGCGAGAAAGCCCGACUGUAG